UAACCCUCCGCUUGGUAGAUACGUUAAAUUGUGCGUGCGAGUUUUCAUAAUUAGGUACAUCGGGAACAUCUUGGAUCGAAGUGAGUGGUUUUAUGAUAGGUAAGAUAAAAUAUGGCGCCCUCAUCAACACACACAGAAAUAACAACUAUUGUGGAGAACGAAGAGGACUACCCGAAGCUCGUAGCACCGCAGGCGGCCCCGAGGAAAUACGACAUAGUCUAUUUCAACUUGCUGACAUUCGGCUACGCGCAUUUAAUCACACUUUAUGGAAUGUAUUUAGCCUGGACAACUGCGACGUGGAAGACUUUGAUAUUCAAUCACAUAAUAUUCAUGCUGGCAGCAGUCGGCGUGACCGCCGGCGCGCAUAGGCUGUGGACGCACCGGGCGUACAAGGCGAAGAUGCCAUUACAGAUAAUUCUGAUGGUGAUGAAUACUCUAGCGUUCCAGAAUACGGCGAUACACUGGGUGCGUGAACACCGGAUGCACCAUAGAUACAGCGACACGGACGCCGACCCUCACAACGCGACACGGGGCUUCUUCUACUCGCACAUGGGGUGGCUGUUGGUCAGGAAGCACCCGGAGGUCAAAAAGAGGGGGAAGUUCGUCGACAUGUCCGACAUAUACGCGAAUCCCGUGCUAAGGUUUCAGAAGAAAUACGCCAUCCCCUUCAUCGGAACAGUCUGCUUCGCGCUUCCAACCCUCAUCCCCAUGUAUUUCUUCGGGGAGACGUUCAACACAGCGUGGAGCAUCGCAAUAAUGCGCUACGUGUUUAACCUUCACAUAACAUUCCUGGUCAAUAGCGCCGCCCACCUGUGGGGCGGCAAGCCGUACGACAAGAACAUGAUGCCGGCUCAGAACCUAUCAGUUUCCUUCGUGGCUUUCGGGGAAGGUUUCCACAAUUAUCACCACGCGUUCCCGUGGGACUACCGCACGGCUGAGCUGGGCAACAACUGGCUCAACGUGAGCACCAAGUUCAUAGACUUCUUCGCGUGGAUCGGCUGGGCAUACGACCUCAAGACGGUGCCGAACGACGUGGUGCGGUCGAGGGCUGCCAGGACAGGGGACGGUAGUAAUAUGUGGGGCUACACACCCCGGGAUAAGACUGAAUAAAUGUGAUGACCUCUUAAUUGUAAU